AUGGAUAGUUCUGAGGCUUCCAACCUUCAACAUCACACUUUUGAAGUUCCCGAAAGGCGGGCGGCGCCGGGCGUUGUAAUCGCUCGGGUCGAAAACCUCAUUGCUUCGUUACUAGAUGAUCUCAUCGAAGGCCAGGAACUCUAUCCUCCGGUCCCAGUGUCAAUCAAGCUUGGCGCAACAUCAUCGAGCCAUCUAAGGUCCACAGAAGCCGCGCAGCCGGGACAACCAACAACUACCAGCUCCGUGUCAUUCCCUGGAAAGAGUCAUCAGCAAUCCAGAAAGAUCGCGAGGCUUCUCAAGAUUCUACAACUAUCCCAUGCUGCACUCGUUACUGGAACCAUCGUCACCAAAAGAAACAUUUACUACCAGGAUGAGGGGCUCUUCCUCGAGCAGCGAGUGGUUGAUACUCUGGUCGACCAGCUUGCUUGCUCAUUGGGGCUGGGCCGAGACGCACUAUGCAUAUUGCAAGGUCGCAGCAUCCAAAGGCUUAGUAGUGGGCCACCUGGACUUGAUCAUGAAAGACCACUCGGUCUUAUCCUGCUCGAGUACGCAGGGCACGGUGAGUUAUGGGCUGAUCACCCGAGAGACACAUACAGAAAGGCUAACAGCGAGCUCAAGGGAAGCCUCAUCCCUCCGCCUGAAGCGAUACGUCAAAUGUCAGUAACUCCGCCGAAUUGGGUCUUGAUAGUCGAGAAGGAGGCAACCUUUCGGAGUCUUGCAGCAUCUAGGUACUGGAAGAAAUCACUUGCUGGACCCGGGAUCGUGAUUACGGGGAAGGGAUACCCAGAUCUUGCCACUCGGCAGCUCGCCUUCUUGCUGCAUUCAUUUGUUCAGCCUGUUCCAUUCUAUGUCUUGGUCGACUUUGACCCACACGGGGUCGACAUCUUCCGUGUGCUAAAGAAGGGGAGCAGCAAUUUGUCCCACGAGCAGAAUAUAAGCAUCCCGAGCCUACGAUGGCUUGGAAUCAGGUGCGAGCAACUAACAUAUCCGAGCUUUUCAACAAACAUAGGCACCGGGCAAGCUUCGCAGGACAAGGUCAUUGCUAGAACCUUUCGCACUUCGGGCGAGAUGAAGCCCCUCACCUUGACUGAUCGACAGACAGCCGCCAGGCUUCUAACAGGCCUUCAACGGGAACCAAUGAGGCAAUGGGAACAGGACACCUACCUCAAAGAGCUACAGCUGAUGCAAAUGCUGGGGUAUAAAGCCGAGAUACAGGCGGUUGACAAGCAUGGCGAUCUGACAGACUGGUUGGAUGAGGAACUCCUGAAAUGGGAAUCACAAGUUGGUCCUUCUCACCUUCAACAAGCCACCAUCUCACCUCUCGUCAGGACGAGCGACCGCCAGAUGUCACCAAAGUUGAGUGAAGACGAGAUCGAUGAUCUCAUCUACUUCUCCCGUGCCGGAGAAGAGGAUGAACUCGCCAAAUUACUGUCAAGCCUGGCGCAACGCGAAAAGGUCUCGGAAGCAGAGAUUUUGAUGGCCGCCAAAGACGAAGGACAGUCGAGCUGCCUUCACAUGGCUACGGGGAACGGAAAUCUAGCUAUCGUCAAAUCUACCCUGACUUGUUUUGACGGCCGGCCGGAGGCUGAGAAGAAGCUAUUCAUUGAUGCUCCAAAUGAGUACGGCAAUACUGGUCUACAUUGGGCAGCCAUGAACGGCCAUCUCGACGUAGUAAAACUGCUCAUUGAGCAGGGUGCGUCGCCGGCUCUUGCCAAUGACAAGAAUUACAUUCCACUAGAUCUGGCAAGCUUCAACGACAAGGUCGAAGUCGUGGAUUACUUCCUGGCGCAGUCAGGCGGGAUAGAGGGCGACAACAGCGACGGGCUGGAGGGCGCGGUAGGGGAGGUGCAGAUGGCUGAAGGCGAGUUGGGAGAUGGAGACGAUGAUGGGGAUGUCGACAACAAAGCAUGA